CGUGGCUCUGUGUUAUUUAAAGCCGGAGAUCCUCCCUCUUGCAAAGCCACUGUGUUGCAUCUGUCUGCCUCUCUGCAUGUGUCUUUAUGUGUGUGUGACAGAGAGAGAGAAAGAGAGAGAGAGAAAGAGAGAGCGAGAGUGUGUGUGUGAGGGUGCACUAAAAUCCCAAGCAGCCAGUGAGAGACCAAGAGAGUGAGGAGAGAGACGCAGGGGAAAGGCUAAAAGCAUCCGAGACGGGAGAAGGAACGAGUGUGAUUCAGCAAUGAAAUUCAUCCAAGCUUUUUGCUUGCUGCUUCUCUGUCCAGCAUUGGCUCUCAACACCAGACAAGGUUAUGAUGGCCUGGAAAAGAAGCUAAAGGAAGUCUUCACAGAAAGAAGCAGCAUCUUGCACCAACUCUCUAAGACAUCUAAGGAGCUGGACAGCAUAAAAAGCGACAUUCAGUCUUUGAAAAACGAUGACUCAGUCGCCAAGAAGGACGUACAAAGGAUUUUGGAGCUCAGCCACAAACAGAGAGACGAGAUGAAGUCCCUCCAGGCUGCCUUGCAGAAGCAGCUGGAUGAGGCAAACGAGAGAGCUGAGAAGCAGCAGGCCACGGUUAAACUGAUUAAAGCGGAGAUGGAAAAGAAAACCAAAAUCAUCAAGGACUUACAGCAAGAGAACAAGAGCUUGAAGAAUAAACUCUUGUCAGGAAACAAACUUUGUGAUGCUCAUGCCGAAGAGUCCAAAAAAAUCCAGGCUCAACUGAAAGAACUGCGUUAUGGGAAAAAGGAUUUAAUUUUUAAGGGCCAGCAGCUAAUGGACUUGGAACACAAGUUAACCAUAGCAAAGGAAGAAUUGGAGAAGACUGCUCUCGACAAGGAGUCUCAGUUAAAGGCGCUGAAGGACACCGUUCACAUCUGCUUCUCAGCUGUCCUGCACAAUCAACCCAGCAGCAGCCACCGAUUUCCCACCUCUCCUUCCCAUUUGUACAGAUACUCAUCACUCAUCAACAGCUCCAGAGUCACCUUUCAACAGCCCCAUGCCAAGGAUAUUUCUAAAGUUCAGAGAAUCAUCGCCACCAGUAAAACCCCCAUGAAUAUGGGAGUAAUGAGGAGAGAAAGUGGUGGAGUUAAAGCGUGCCAGAUGGAGGAGACAGGAGGAGAUUGUUUCCAGAAUCAGGCAGUGGAGUUAGUGAAAAAACUACCAGAACCACAUCAGCAGAGGAGCCAAGGACAGCUUGGAAACUCGGAAAGCACUGGAAAGCACUCGGAUGACAGCGAGGACGAAGGGCGAAGCAGCAGCAAAAAGAUAAAGCCUCAAAAACACAACUGAGCGCGCGGCGUAUCAUCAGAAAUGUAGAUCUGCAUUCCUUUAAAACUUUGAAGAGCACACACCCGGUGCAUUGUCACAAAGCUGUGUGUGCGUAGACAUUCACACACACACACACACACACACAUCUAUGGACACAAAAACAAUGUCAGCAUUGCUUGCAAAAGCUGAGACACUGGAAAUGUCAAAUAACGACAUGGCAUGUAUUCUAAAAUUUGAUUUUGGAGGUAGCAAUGGCACUAGUAACUUGUUUCAUGAUUGUUCAUUUGAUGUUUAUUAUCUGAGUUUUAUUCUUAGUGAGGACACUGCUUUCUAACGUGUGAUCUUUCUAGAAAAAUCCCUUUGCACUGUUAAGGUCUGACACAGUAUCCUGUGAUAGGUAUACUCAUUGGCUAAGACGAAAAGGAAAAAAAAAACUAAACAAAAACAAAAAAACAGUACUUCGAUAACUACUACCAAACUUAGAAUAUUGUUUGUCACUCAUUGUAGUAAGGUUAAUUUACUUCUCCACAUUUUGGAAUAUAGAGGCUCAAGUUGGCUGGCCAACUGUUCAACAUUUAAUAUUUCUGAACUCUUAAUGCCUUUAUCACACCAGAGGCAACGAGCCGAAGACUCACAAUGGGUCGUCUCCCCGAGAAUGUGCCAUGCACUGAGUAGUAACUCCUAGCUACAUGUAUCUGUGUUCUCUGACCUUUAUGUGUACUUUAAAUAAACUGUAAUUUUCAGUAAAUGUGAAGAAUAAAUGGUUAUUUGUGGGAAAAAUAUGAGCCAGUAUGUUUGUGAUCAUAAGAGCAAAGGUUUCUGAGGGUGCAAAACAUUUCCUGUGAAUAUUUAUUCAGUGUUGUCCAUUUCCAAAAAGUUUGUAAACAAAAAUAUGUUAAUUGUGAAAGUUUCAUGCUCUCAAGAUCAAUCUUGGUGCUAUUGUUUAAAAUACCGCUAUGUACAGACACAUCCUACAAGCAUGUGUCAAAAUCUAAAAAAGAGUAAAUGUAAAUGUAAAUCUGUCCAGUUACAUACAAACAACGUAAACAUCUUUCAGAACAAUCACAUGCCUGCGGGCCAAAUCUUUUUACGAGGCCCACCACACAUCACCCACAUAAUCUAAACCAGUGGUUCUCAAUUAUUUUCUGUCAUGAUUUGAAUUAUUACAGUAUUAAGAACUGGAUAUUUAUCUGUACAAACCACUGUUUGAGUUGCUGGCACCAGCAUUGUUCAAUUAUGAAUAAAGACACUAAAAGACCUGCAAACCUUGAACAACAAGUAUCUUCCCCCUUACCUCUAAACACCCACCACCCCACCCCCAAGAUGCCACCGCGCCCCCCAGGGGAGGCUCACCCCACUAUUUGAGAAGCAAUGAUGUAAAGCUUACAUUGCUUCAGUCCAGCUAGCGAAGUGCUCGUUCAUUUAGUUCUUCAUCCGCUUGGCAGG